AUGCUCGGCAAGAUCGCUCUCGAGGAACACUUUGAGAUGGCCGGCAACAAGGCCAAGUCGGCGCGCGAGGCGGACUUGUACAUCCACCCCAACUUCCAGGAGCGCUACAUCAACCGCAUUGGUGAUAUCACGGGUGAGCGUCUCAAGCUCUCCGACAAGUACGGCAUUGGCUACACCAUCUGCUCCCUGACCGUCCCUGGUAUCCAGGGCAUCUCCGACAAGGCCAAGGCUGAGGCCCGCGCCACCGAGGUGAACAACUGGAUCUACUCUCAGAUCAAGGAUCACCCCGACCGCCUGGGCGCCUUUGCCUGUCUCUCCAUGCACGACCCCGUUCAGGCUGGCCAGGAACUCACCCGCUGCAUCAAGGAACUUGGGUUUCACGGGGCGUUGGUGUGCGACGUCCAGCACGCUGGACCGGACGGCGAGACCUAUCUCUUCUACGACCAGCCCGAAUACGAUGUGUUCUGGAAGGUCCUCUGUGAGCUUGAUGUGCCUUUAUACCUGCACCCUGCCGCCCCCAGCGGUGUCAUCCACGAGAAGCUGUAUGCUGGGCGCCGAUACCUGGUUGGGCCUCCUCUGUCCUUUGCCAACGGCGUCAACCUGCACCUCCUGGGUCUCAUCAGCAACGGUGUUUUCGACCGUUUCCCCAAAGCCAAGCUCAUCGUCGGUCACCUGGGAGAGCAUAUCCCCUUCGACUUCUGGCGCAUUGACCACUGGUUCCGCGACAUUGAAUACCCUCUGGCCGCCCGUCGCGGUGAUGUCAUGUGCAAGGAGAGCAUCUACCACUACUUCAAGACCAACAUCUGGGUCACCACCAGCGGCCACUUCAGCACGGAGAGCUUGAAGUUUGUCGUCGACGCGCUUGGCCCGGAGCGCGUGCUCUUCAGUGUCGACUACCCCUACGAGCAGAUCGAGGAUGCUUCGGCUUGGUGGGAUGGACAGUCUCAGGAGGUCGUUGAUGCUUGCGGCGGCAAGGAGGCCUACUUGAAGAUCGGCAGGGAAAACUCCAAGGCCCUCUUUGGUCUCAAGGAAUACCACGACUCCGAGGCUCCUCUGGACUUUUAA